UGUUUUUUUUCUCUGUGGUUUUCAAUCGAGGGCAGCUCAAGCCGGGGCAAAUGUGAAUACCGUUUUCACGCGGUGCGACAGUGCUCUAGUGGUGUAGCGAAGGCUGUGCGGAAAAUUAUUGAAAUUCUAGUGCAGAAAAAAAAUUGAGCUCGUUUUUACAAUCAUUAAAUUAGAAUUGUGCUUCAUUCAAUAAGAUUUCGGGAGGGCAAAAAUUGUUUCAGUAAAAAAAGUGACAAUUGACGGAAAUAUGAAUGUAACAUCAUUUAUUAGAAAGUCUAGGGAGGCUUCAGUGUUUAUCUUAUCAAACACUAGAUAACCUAUUUAGUUAAUUUCUGGUUGAACAAGUGCAUUACGAAGAAGCAAAUACGUUUGAUUAGUUGGUAUCCAGUUCCGGAUUCCGCGGGGUUUCUAUUGGAAGCUGUGUUGAACCGCUGUCGUGUGAGUGUAAUGCGGUGCGAAGGCCGUACCUGUAAAGCUCGACAAGCAGUUAAGUGAAAAUUCGUGUUCAUAAAGGAUAAUCGCCACUAGAGCGAAGUGUUCCCAAUACGAUAACUGAAGGAAACCCAAAACAAAAGUUGGUCCUGCGAGAGGUACACAAAAAUAUACGACACCAAAAUGGCUGAUGUUUUCGACUUGGAGCUGCACGAUGAGGAGAACAUUCAUGACUCGGACGAUGAUGUGAUCGAGGUCGAUGAUGUCGAUCUGGAACCAGAGCUCCACAUCCACAGCAACCUGGAUGCAGAAGGUUCAGAAACUAUACCACUCUCAGAAGACAUCGUCAACCCGGGCCGGAUAAAGCUCGGCCCACAGGACUUCGAAUUGAAAAAAGUGCUUGGAAAGGGUGGCUACGGAAAAGUCUUCCAAGUUAGAAAAACUACCGGUGCCGAUUCGAACUCCUACUUUGCAAUGAAGGUGCUGAAAAAGGCUUCGAUAGUUAGGAAUCAAAAAGACACAGCCCACACACGCGCGGAGCGAAACAUACUGGAAGCUGUGCGGCAUCCAUUUAUAGUUGAAUUAGUGUACGCCUUCCAGACAGGUGGAAAAUUGUAUUUAAUCCUAGAGUAUCUUAGCGGCGGUGAACUGUUUAUGCAUUUAGAACGGGAAGGAAUCUUCCUGGAGGACACCACUUGCUUUUACCUGUGUGAAAUCAUCCUAGCGCUAGAGCAUUUGCACAAUCUUGGUAUCAUCUAUCGAGACCUGAAGCCAGAGAAUGUACUGCUGGAUGCACAGGGACACGUCAAGCUUACUGACUUUGGCCUUUGCAAAGAACACAUCCAGGAGGGAAUUGUGACGCACACGUUUUGCGGUACCAUCGAGUAUAUGGCACCGGAAAUUUUAACUCGAAGCGGUCACGGUAAAGCUGUAGACUGGUGGUCACUGGGUGCUUUAAUGUUUGAUAUGUUAACGGGAAUGCCCCCGUUCACCGCAGAUAACCGCAAAAACACCAUCGAUGCGAUCCUGAAAGGUAAGCUUAAUAUACCUGCCUACCUUGCAACCGACUCGCGCGAUCUCAUCCGCCGGCUUAUGAAACGCCAAGUGUCGCAACGUCUGGGAAGUGGUCCCACAGACGGACAGGCCGUUCGUGCCCAUCCAUUCUUCAAAAACGUAAUUUGGGAUGACGUACUAGCUAGGCGAUUAGAUCCACCCAUCAAGCCUGUUCUGCGAAGUGAGGAUGAUGUUUCACAGUUUGACACCAAAUUCACCAAACAAAUACCGGUAGACUCGCCUGAUGAAUCCACGCUAAGCGAAAGUGCCAACCUUAUCUUCCAGGGAUUUACCUACGUAGCACCAUCGGUGUUGGAAGAAAUGCAGCAGCCUCGCGUCGUAACGGCCCGUUCGCCCCGGCGAACGCCUCGCCCGCACCACGGUCACUCCCAUCACCACAUCAGCAGUCACAGUAGUCAUCAUAACAUGCACGCACCCAACAACCGGCUGGUGGAGAACGGUGCAAUUACCCUAGCCGACGAGCAGAUGCUCAGUAUGCCACGAUCGCAGUCUGCCCUUACCGGACACAGCAGUAAUCAUCACUCGUUGGUGCCGCACCACCUGGUGUUCCAACAGCAGCAGCAGCAGCAACAGCAGCCCCAUCAGCCACCCCAACCUCACCAGCAAUCCGCGGCGAGAAGUACGCAGUUCUUGGCAGGUCCGAUCAGUAAUCCAACGAAUGCGCGACACACGGCAGCCCAUCUGCAGCCAUUCGCGCCACGGCCUUCCCCUCAGGACGAAAUGAUGGAAGUUUAUCCGGAGUUACCGAUUUCAUAGCCUAGGAUGGAAUACAACAAUUUUAGGAGGUUUAUAAUCUAACAAAAUACCACUAGUUUAAUUUUUUCCCAAAUCAACGCAAGCAGGCAAUAUAUUUUGUACGGCAUCAACAUCAAAAAGUGUGAUGCAUUUCUGCAAGAGCUGGCAGAGGGUCUACAGAAGAACAUCCUUUGACAAAUACCAACCAAUUCCGGAGUUGUUUUUUUUUUAUGUUCGCUUUUGAUCCUGGGUGAACGCGAUUGGCAUUGGCACACACAUGUCGGCAUACGAUAAGCGGGAGACGACUAGUAACAUAUGCAGGAGAGAGACGUGGAUAGGCAAUAUUUUACGUGAUUGACCAUUAUUGAAAGUGAUGCACACAACCACACAUACACACACACCAAAAGAAAAGUAGAGGGCGAGCACAGCACAGAGAGAAACUUGUUCGGCAAUUCAAAUAUACGCAUGAAAACACUUGGAUAGUAUGUUGGAGUAGGUUAAUCCCUCCCCUUCAGCAGCUGCAUAGUAAAGAAGUGCAAAUAAAAUUGUUGUUAAAUUUUCAGUUUUGAUAUUUGAUCUAAGUUUGGUAAUUUUCGAAGGCAUCAAGUAAAACACGUUGUAAUAGAAAUUGUGUCUCCUUAACCUGUAUUAAUACUUGACAACUCACGAAGUAUGACUUAUUUCCAGUUUGAUAAUCAACUCUUCUAAAAGAACGGUUCAGAAAUCAACGUGUAUGAAAUUGUUAGUACCGGAAGAAAGAAAAAUACACAUGUAUGUUUUUGCAGAGAUACUGUUGCAGAGUUAAAAGAGGGACGUAAGACAAUUUAACUUAAAAAUGGAAAAAUCAUGCAAAGCAAACAACACUGUCAAGUGAAACAUUCUUUUUUGUGUUUUUUUUUUUCUAUCAAUUGUUUUUUCUAGUAACACAUUUAUUUAUAAAAAUAUAAGAAACGUUCGGCCGAUCGUUCCUGUAAGGGUGGAGAUAACAAAAAAACUACAUCUAAAAAACUUAAGUUCCUCAAUAAUAGACACGCACCGCCAGUCGGUGAGUAGCAGCAGAACAGAACGUUGGCUAAUCUAAUUAUUAUACUAUACAAUUGAGAAGGUGGAAAAAUGUAGCAUAAACUAAAUAAAAACUGUUUAAAGAAACUCAUCAAAAUCAAAUACAAGCAUAAAAGGUCACCUAUUAAAAAUGGCACGAUUAGGAUUUGUUUUUUUUUUCUUUUUUAGUUUUCUUUAGAACAAAUGUAACAGAAGAAAUUGUGACUAAGAGAAGGAUUUAUUUUGUUUAUUUAAGCUGUAGUAUUGUAGCAAUCGCAAACCACCACCAUCUGAAAUGGAAAUCAAUAGAAAAAUGCAGUGGCGAGUUUGUAUAGUUAUGAAGCCUAGCAAUGUAACCUUCUUUAGCCAAAUAUCCCUCCAAAAAGUGAAAGUAAUAGUAAUUUAAAACAAACACACAUACACACGCUAGUUCGACAAUGAUGAGAUGAACCACAACGGGAAAGAUGCGGUACUCGGAGCAGAGAAAGAGCAAACAAGAGUGUGAAAUGACCAAUAGUUUAAUUUUUUUUUUCAAAAUAGACCAUAAAUAAUUACAUUUAUACUACCCCCCUCACACAAAUAUAGUGAAACAAGAAUUAACCUAAUUUUAACGUAACCAUUUACCAAUAGACAAUUGAAACAAGUCUUAAUUUUUAAAGAUUAUGUUCUGAGCUUAGAUAAUUGAGGAAAAUAAUCAUAGUGUACAAUAGCCGAUAACAAUUGAAAAUGCAAUAGUCUGGAUCAAAGAGAACAAACUUAUUUGACUGAUUUUAAAGUAACUCUCAACCUUUAGGCUGUAAGGAAAAAAACCACGAUGAAACGAAAUACCGAAAGAAACACAACGCGCUGGGUGGUGAUUUUGUUUGUAUAAUAGAUCAGCUUUAGGGAAAAUAAAAUGGUAAACUAACUGUGGAUAGUCAAACGGUACCAUAUAAGUCACACCUUCCCAUUAUUUUUCUGUGCUUUUUUAUCCUUUAUCUUACUGAAAACUCUUUAUUUUGCUCAAUCAAUUUUGUUCUAAUUUUGCCACUGUGUAGUUAGAUUAAUAGAUGAAGCUCAUCAUCGAUAUUCGGCGGAAUGGAGUUAGUUCCUGUAACUCUGAAGUUUUUUUCAAUGAGAACGUAGAGCAAGAUGAGAUAAAAUUCAGAUAAGGUUGACUAAAUUACUGAUGUUGGCUGGAUAUUUGUGUUCAAUCCACAUCUGAACCAGGAAGUCAACACGUGCCGCCGCCUAGAUAACAUAAUUGUGUAAUCCACAAGCAGAUUUAAUGGAGGGUAGGAAAAAGAAACUAAGCACUAAGCCUCUAGAAUGAUGACUUUAAUUUCUGAUAUAGUUUAUCUAUUUUAAAAUAUUUUUUAUUAUCUGUCUUACCUUGUAUGUAGCAUGAAAAAUGAAAUGAAAUUGAACGAAGUCAAGGUUUUAGUGCAAACUAAUCAAAUAAAAAACAAAAUGCAAGAAGACAACAAAACAGAACGAUGAAGAACAGAUGUAAUGAUAUAUGAGUAAAGAACUUAUACAGCGCUUGAAGAUUUGAAAUUUGACAA